GGGUCAGACAUUGGAUCGUCUGGCUGGACAGCGGGCAUCGGGUCACCAGGCAUCAGGUCAUUUGGCUCGACAGCGGGCACCGCGUCAUCUGGCAAGGCAGUGGGCUCUGACUCAAUUGGCACGACAGCGGGCACCGGGUCAUCAGGUACCGGAUUGUCUGGCUCGACAGCGGGCAUCGGGUCACCAGGUAUGACAGAGGGCACUGGGUCACCAGGCAUCAGGUCAUUUGGCUUGCCAGCGGGCACCGCGUCAUCUGGCUCGACAGCGGGCAUCGGGUCACCAGGUAUGACAGCGGGCACUGGGUCACCAGGCAUCAGGUCAUUUGGCUCGCCAGCGGGCACCGCGUCAUCUGGCAAGGUAGCGGGCACCGAGUCACCAGGUACGACAGCGGGCUCUGAGUCAAUUGGCCUAAUAGGAUCAUCAGAGGCAUCAGGCUGAGUACAGGCAUCAGGCUGAGUACAGGCAUCAGGCUGAGUACAGGCAUCAGGCUGAGUACAGGCAUCAGGCUGAGUACAGGCAUCAGGCUGAGUACAGGCAUCAGGCUGAGUACAGGCAUCAGGCUGAGUACAGGCAU